AUGAACCACGAUGGGGUUGGAUACGAUGCAUCUCGUGGCUAUCAGCCGCCGGGGGUGUAUUCGAAUGUGCCUCAAGCUGCGUGUACUCAGCCAUCACAGAAUUUGACUGAGGCAGCCAAGGUGCCUGUCCAUUCUUUCGGCGAGCCAAGCCGUGUCACGAUACCCGGCCUUGGGAUGGGCUUCACCCCCAACCAGGCAGAGAAUCAGAGUGCCUGGGCCGGGUUACGUCCCAAUAUCUCGCAGCCCGGGGCCUCGCAUAUUAUACAGCAACCUAUCCUGCCUCCUCCACGACCGGACGCUGCCAGUCUGCCUAAUGAGACGGCAGAUGAGGGCUCCGAAGAAGGCGAAAUAAGCGAAGGUGAGGUGGAGAAUGUGUACGAACCCCCAGAGGCCGACAAUGCCGAUAUUGACUUCAAUGGUACUGUCCGGCCUUACGACGAGGGAAAUGUAAACACAGGCGAUGCAAUGGCGAUGCCGAUUAAGGGCUACGAGGCCCCGAACACUAGGGAACGUACUGGGUCUUACUCACCAUACCUCUCACCGCAGGAGAUGGUCCUUGAAUCAUCGGUGACCUCACCUUUGCAGGACUCUUUCAGCCCUGUCCCGCAUCCUAUGAUAACUCCCCUUGAAUCCUUGCAUUCAGCCAAACAACAAGCUCAGCUCGCUAUUCUCCGUCUUUGGUCUCACAAUAUUCGAUACGAGAACUACAUUGAGGCAGGCAUCGAUGGUGCAGUCCUUCAGCGACUGUUCCAAGAGCUUGGGCUUACCGUCCAAGGUGGCAUCGGGGCUCCGGAUGUUCCAGUACAAGGUGGAGAAUCCAUGGCCAAGCCAAAAGCUGGCAAGACCGGUGCUGCAAGCGAAAGGGAAGAUCCAACCCCGCCGUCUGAGCCAGCAAAACCACAAAUUUCAACGACUGUGGACAAAUCAGAGGAGCGCAAGGACAGAAUUGCCCGUUUGCUUGCUGCGAAAGGGAAAUCAAUGCCCCUCCAAGCCGCAGCUCCUGCUCCUCCAGCUGCUCCCGCUCCUCCCAUCGCUCCAUCUGUUCCUGCUGCCCCGUCUGUUGCUCCAGUUACUCCAGCUGCUCUCGCUUCGCCCGCUUCUCCCGCUACUCAUACAGGCACUGAUCAGUCGGCAACAGUAAAAAAGCUGUCGGAGAAAUCAAUACUGCUGCAACAAAAAAUGGAGGCACUUAAAAAGUCGCGGGCAGCUCUUGCGCAGACACGUGCUCAACAAACGCCAGAAGCCAAGUCGACCGACGGAGUUAGUGGUAGCGCAACCGUUGGGUUAACCAGAACCGAAGAGGCUUCCAUCCUUUAUAUCCCCGAUAAAGUCGAGCAGAUAGGCAACCCUUCGCCGUCUUCGAUACCGGGGCUGUCCAUAUCAGGAACUCGAACCCUGCAUUCGCCAGAACCCAUCGGCCAGCAGGACCGCUCGACUGCAAACUUCAGCGAGUUGUCGAAGACCAUGAUCCGGCGCCCGUUUGGCCAGAAAAGGGGGUCGCGACCGUUUCUGAUCCACGUUAGUGAUGAUGACGACGACGACGACGACGACGACGAUGACGACGACGACACUGAGAUGGACAUCGACUCACCAGGUCGUGUGGACGAAAUUCAAGGAAAUGACUAUGCUGCCUCAAACAAUACCACAAGUCGUCAUAAUCAAAGUCCGGCCCGAACGCCAUCCCAUCUCGGGGGAGGCGAAGACUUGGCAAUGGUGAACAGGAGGAUUGAGGCGAUGAAGCGAAAAAUUGCGGAAGCAGAGGCUCGCAAGGCCAAGCGCUCUAGGCAAACAUCGCCGGUUAGCUCCCCCAACAAUGGGGAGGAAUCGGGUGUCCCCGGAGAAGCCAUCCCCACGCCGAAGAAAAGGAGUCAAACACCAACAGGCGACAUGGCCGUUCAGGCUACCCCGUCAUCUAUGCCCCAGCAACGAACAGGCCGGCUUGAAGGUGCCGCGGCUGCUAAGAGGGAAUUGAGGCGAAGUCGUUCUCAAGUGGCCAGCGAACGCCUGCCACUCAUCGAAGCGCGUCGGAGGGAGCAGCUUCUGAAGUUGAAGACGUUGCAAAUGGAAAUGUCUAGCAUUGAGCGCGAACUUGAAGAGAAUAGGGCCGAGGAGGAGAAGCUGAAGCAGGAUCUUGUUUCGUCAGACUCGGAUCAAGCGCACAGCAUGAUCGAUCUGCCGGCCGCGCAAGGGGACGAUUCCGCGGCUUUGGAGUCGGAUGCCAUGGACACUAGCGGCACCCCGGUGACGGAUGACAGUAUGAGUGACCGUGCCCGAACGUCUAAGGCGGCUGAACAGGACGACGAUGCCGGUCUUGAACGGGUCACUGCCAGCGCCGUGACUGAAAUAAGCACCAUCCCCUCGCAGCAGGAGCAAGACGUGGGCAUGGCGGAUGUGACCGACAACGAAGUUGAGGCGUUGGACGCAGACUCGGAUGAUUACGAGCCUCCCGAAGCCCACAUCUCCACGCUCAACCAAUCGUCCUCGCCCCCUGCCUCCCCUGCGGCCGAACGCGGAUCUCCUCAGCACAAGAGCAGUGCUGAGAAUUCCGGCGCCGCGGAGAUGGCGAAGGAUCAGACAGAGCCGUUGACCGAGACUGCCGGAGUAGUAGAGACUGCAGCGCUAACCAGGCAAGAUUUGGGGCAUCUAACAUCCAACCAGGUCCUUGGGCGCUCUCCCUCGACUUCGGAUGGCUCGCAAGACCAUUUCGCUCCGUACGAGACGCCGCUGCAGUACUUUCUUGCGUAUCGGUUCCAUCCCGACUUCCAACAAUCGGUUGCGGGAGGACUACGAUCCUUGACAUACAGCAACAGGAUUGACGUGUGCAAGCCGGUAUGCCCGGAUGAGCUGGCAGGGCAGCAGUGCCCCCGCGGCAGCCAAUGCGAGUUUCAGCAUUUUGAGAGCAUGAAGGCGCCGGACGAUCAGAUCCUACUUCAGCUCGGCGCAACGGGUAGCUAUGACGAUGAGCAGAAGCAAGCGUACAUUGCUGGCCUUCGGGAGCUGCUCACAGACUUCCGCAACCGCAAGGUAAAAGAUUUCGAUGCCAUCAGCCGGGGAAUCAUCGAGUACCGAGCCCGGUUCCACCAGGACAAGACCAAGAUUCUGGCGCUCGGCAGCGUCUCCAUCUGA